AUGAUUACACUUUCAACUUUUUUAAUAAUAGCUUUAAAUAAUAAUAAUAAUAAAAAUAAUUAUAAUAAAAAUGAUGAUAAUAUUAAAAAUAUGGUUUCAAAAAAGAGUAUAGAUUUAAUUACUCCAAUAAAUAAAUUGGUGAUUGUUGAAAAAGAUGUAGUAAAAGAAGUAAUAAAAGAAGUCUGUAAUAAUAAUUUAAUUAAUAAUAAUUUAAUAAAUAAUAAUUUAAUUAGUAAUAAUAAUAAUAAUAAUAAUAAUAAUAAUAAUAAUAAUAAUAAUAAUAAUAAUAAUAAUAAUAAUAAUAAUAAUAAUAAUAAUAAUAAUAAUAAUAAUAAUAAUAAUAAUAAUAAUAAUAAUAAUAAUAAUAAUAAUGAUGAUGAUGAUAAUAAUAAUAAUGAUGAUGAUAAUAAUAGUGAAAUUAAGAAAAAUAAUAAUUUGAGAGAAAAAGAUAAUUUAUAUGGAUUUAAAGAUAAACAAUCAAUGAUUAAUUAUUAUCUUACAUAUCAAAAUUAUUAUGAUAUUGAAGAUUUUAAAAAUGUACAAUAUGUAAAUAAAAGUAAAUAUGGUUUAUCAAAUUACCAAAUUCCAGAAGUUACAAAAAUUAUUAGUGAUUUUAAACCUACAAUAAAGGAAACUGAAAUGUCAAUUGAAAAAUUAAAUGAGAAUUAUAAUAUUGGAAUUGAUGGUAAACCAAACAUUUAUUUAGACAUUGAUAAAGAAAAACAAUAUAAUCAAGAUAUUUAUAAAUUAUCUUUAAAAAUCGUUAAAUCAAGAUUAUGGUCUGAUUUUUAUUCAAAUUAUUGGAGAGAUAAAAACUUUCAAAAAUAUUCAAUUGAUAAUGGUUUGACUCCAUUUGAAGCACCAAAACUUUCUUUACCAUUAAAUACAUCAACACCACUUUUAACAACUCCAUAUAUAUUUAUACAUUUACCAAAAGUUGGUGGAAGUUCAAUGAUUAUCCAUUUUCAAAAACAUUUUAGAGCAGGAGUACACCAACAAUGGGCUUAUCCAGAUUCAAAAGAUAUUAUAAAGGUACAAAAUGCCCAUAAUUUAGUAUUGGGUCAUUUUGGAUAUGGACUUCAUUAUGUUUUAAAAGAAGAUUCUCAAAAAACUUAUAAUUAUCUUACAAUGUUAAGAGAUCCAGUUGAUAGAGUUAUAAGUCAUUACUUUUAUCAUAAAUCAACUUCAUUCGAUGAAGAACAUAUCCCUGCUCGUGAUAAUAACCUUGAACAGUGGUUAGAAAUAUCACCUCGAGGUACAAAUGAAAUGACUAGACAUUUAUCAGGUAUUACUGUAAUUGAAGAGUUUUUACCAACUAAUGAAACAUUUAAUAUGGCAAUGUACAAUUUAAGAAAAAUGAAAUUCGUUGGAAUUACUGAAAGAUUUGAAGAAACAUUAGCACUCCUUAAAUUUUAUACAGGUUUUGAUAAUCCUGUUGUUUCUGAUAAACAGAAUGUUGGCCAUUUAAAGCCAUAUGGUAUUACACCUGAAAUAAUUCAAAAAAUUAAAGAAAAAAAUUGGAUGGAUAUUUUAUUAUAUGAAGAAGCUUUAAAAAUGUUUGAAAGACAAAUCAAUAUAGUUGGUAGAGUUAAUUUUGAAAAUCAAUUAAAUAAAAUAUUAAAAAAAUAA